GGUUGCUGACGCUGACGGUGACGCAGGUCGAUGUUUCGGAGCAGGUGGAGGCGCAGGCGCGGCUGGCCAAGCUACUGGAGCAGGAACACAAGGUGUUGGAGAGCAUCUUCCCGAGGCACGUGAUCGAGUACAUGACGUUGCAGCACGGACCCAUGGGUCACCUGGCGGCUCCGGGCAGCUCCAGCCUGCUGAGCCGGUGGGGUCCAGGCAGUGUGGAGCGCAUGGCCUCGCUGGCCACCUGGCACCCCGCGGUGACCAUCCUGUUUGCGGACUGCGUGGGCUUCACCUCCAUGUGCCACGCCGCCCAGCCUCUGGAGGUGAUGGCCUUCCUGAACCAGCUCUACAGCCGCUUCGACGCGAUGAUCGACAUCUACAAGGUGUACAAGGUGGAGACGAUUGGAGACUGCUACAUGGUUGCUGGCGGGCUGGUGGCAUACGACGACGACGGCUACAAGUCCGUAAUCAGUGGCGGGCAGGAGGACCCGCUGCACGCAGUCAAGACAAUGGAGUUUGCAAAGGCCAUGCUGCGCGCCUCCCGCGACGUGCGGCUGCCGCACACCGGCGAGCCGGUCCGCAUGCGCAUCGGGCUGCACUCGGGGCCGGUGACCAGCGGGGUGGUGGGCGACCGCAUGCCGCGGUUCUGCCUCUUCGGGGACACAGUGAACACCGCCAGCCGCAUGGAGAGCACCUGCCGCCCCGGCGCCAUCCACGUCAGCGCCGCCACGCGCGCCCUGCUGUCCAACGAGGCCUGGAGCGACCGCGGCAUGACCAGCGUGAAGGGCAAGGGGGAGAUGCACACGUACGAGUGGGCGGGGGACGGCGACUCGCGCUACGAUGGGGACCAGAUGCAGCGCGUCAUUGGCAUGUACCUGUGAGUGCAGGCAGGGUGCGAGGGAGGGGCUUGCAGGGUGCGAUAAGUCAGAAGAUAGGUACGAGAGGUGCCUUGUUAGGCGGCACGGCCGGUGCUUUUGUUAGCAAAAAGGCAACAACAUCAACAACAGCAGCGGCGGCAUCUGCACCUGCAUGGCACGGGGUAGCUCGGUGCGCCGAAACAGCGCACGGUGAAGUGUAUGGGGGUCGCUGAGGGGCCACGCAGCUGCAGGGGUGCCGGCGUGUCAUGGGGUCUGGGUGGGGAUGUGGGGACGUGAGGAUGGGGGGUGCGCCUAUCAGUCGGGCGGCUGGGCCACCAGUGGGGUUGGCUGGAGGGUGUUGUGUUGCCUUAGGAAUUGGGUGGUGGCUGGGUGUGCGCGAGCGGGCAUGGCCUGCACGUGCGCGCUUUGGUGGCGUUCGAUGCCAUGAGGGAGGGUUGCCAUCGGAUUCUGGGACCGGCGUUGGCUGGGCGCUGCUGCGCAUCAAGCACUCUUCGCGUCCGUAUGUCAAGAAAACUGGCCGCGUCCGUGUGUUAAAAUAACUGGCCGUGUGUGUGUGUUUUGAAACCAAAUCAGUCGCAGAACUGGCACCGACCCCGGUGUGAGGGGGUGGGAGGUGUCCUGGUGUUUGAGCGGUGGGAGAGGGUUGCUGAAGCCCUGUUGCUGGGUACUGCUUGGGGAGGAAACAGUGAGGUUAAGUGAGGUAAAGCAGGAGGGCCGAGGAAACUCUUAAUGAGCGAACUGAACUUGGAGUCUAGGAGCGCACACGCCCGUGUUUGGCCCUUUCUUACUUCCUAAUGCCGGGUGAGCGGUGAAUGUUGCGAUUCUUAAGUAGGCUUUAAGUGUGUUCUGUUCAGGGUUUUGGGUUGCUGUUGGGGCCGUUGGCAACUGGACGACGAUGGAGAAGGAAAGUAGACACGUGCUCUAUGCACCGCUGGCAUCGAAUUUGGUGCUUACGGGGUAUGGAAGUGCAUGUGCGGAAAUGCGAGUAUGCGUGGGUGCGAGCUCUGCCCCCCAGCGAUGUGCUCAGCCAUGAGCGCCCCGUGGGGACGUGUUGCGGAGGUGCACCUGGUGCGGUGCAGGUACGUCGGGAUGCCUGUCGCACACGAGUUUCAAACGAAGCAGAUGUUGGGGGGGGGGGUAAGCAAGUGUGCUUUUCCGGCUGGCAUGGCUAGCUGGGAUUCGGUUGGGGCUGUUGUCUUGGGUACGGUUCUGUAUUGUGUUUGUUGGCCGCCGGAAGCGUUGGGGAGAGACAGCCAGAGAGCGUGCGCGGGCAGGCUGUUUCAUUGGCGUUGCAGAAGGGUGAUGGCGGGGGGAGCGAAGGUAGGAGCACGCGCUUAGGUAUGAAAAUGGCCGGCAUCGUUAACUCGAAGGGGCGCAUUUCGUCGCCUACGAAGCUUCGACUCGUCUUGGUUGUGAAGGUUUUCGUAAGGUUGACAUACGGAAGUGGAGGGGUGUGUCAUUGUCUGUCGUCUGCUGCUGCUGCGGCCUGUGUCUUGCGGCAUGCGAAAGGCCACUGCACUUGAGACUUUGUGGCCCUGUUUGCGGCUGCUGGGAAUUAGACUGGUGUCAUGUUGCGCCGUACAACAACGUUGUCGGCCAGUUGGGGUGUGGUAUGCAUUUGAUGAUGAUGUUUCACAUUUCUUUCAUGGGGAGUGUUAAAGAAGACUAGCUGCGAUUAGGGUGUGUGCGCGUCCUUGCCAUGCGCAUCCGGGUGCCUAGCCUGGGCAUGUAGGGGCAUGCAGGCAUGGCAAGGGGGUUUGACUGAGACUGUGUGUUGGAGGUAGACACGGCGGCGACGGAACCGCACUCCCUGAGGAGCCAUGUGAUGCAUGGUGGCGCCUUGAGGAGUCGAGGUGGAGGCGGGCGGUGUGGGGGCGGUGUGGUGCGAAUUGAGUUGGCACGAGGUGAGGGAGAGGUGAGGAGAUGCGGGAGGGAGGGCAACAGCCGGCUGAGGCUUAUCAGUUUGCGUCUGAUGUUGGGGACACAGCGAGGCAGUAGGUAGCAGGAGUAGCAGGGUGAGCGUGUCCCGAAAAAGGUUGUUGUGCAGGAAGGUGUGGAAAGUGGUGGGGUAUGGAAUGCGUGAUGGUACGAAGAAAGAGUAACAAUGCGUCGUCACGGACUGGCCUCGUGUGUAGGGGUCUGUUCGAACUAUGAAGAAGGCAUGAUGUGCGCAGGGCAAGUUGGGGAGGGUACGACUUCCUGAAAACCUACAUGUAGAGUGUCGUGCGGAUACUCGCUGACGGGGACUUCUUUUGCCGCGGGCUAGCGGCGUUUGCCGCACCCAUCUGGUGUGGGGCCGUGUUCAGGUUGAGGAAGGGAUGGUUCCGUAGAUAGGGGUGUGUUGGGAGAAGUCGCUUCGUUGCGUCAUACACGGCACUGCUUUCACAAGGCGUGCCCCACUUGCCGUCAUCAUUUGUGUGCAGUAUCUUAUUCUAAGAAGGUUGUGCUGAAGUGAUGCGAGUGCUACCGGAAGAGGAAGGACUGCCACUGCAAAGGAGGGCGCAGCGUGGCACUUUGUCGUGCGGUUUUGGGGGCUGCCCUUUCCAAAAGGAGUGGGGUGUGAGCUAAACGUUUCGACACGAGAGGACCAAUAACUGCCAGGCGACCGUUAUAUGAGCCUGGUGCAACGCCUGUGCUGCAGUUGCAACGCACCCUUUAUGUAUGCCUGCUUUGUUGUACGGCGUUCCUUGUUUAAUGACCUGUAGGGAGGCGAGAGCGGUCCCUUUCGCGUGGUGCUGUUCUUCCCAUCGGCACCGGCGUAAGGUGGAAGACUUCUUUUGUCGUACAGACGAGGGGUUAACGUACGGGCGGCUGACCCGGAAGCUGUUGUGCGCAGCUGGGCUGGGUUCGGCUUGCCGACAUUGCUUGAGGAAAGAACCGGACAUCAAAUCUUUCUCGAAGAAAGUAGAGAGAAGCUUUUCCGUUUGUUGACCCUAGGGGGUGCGGGGAGAAGGCUGACUAGGGUGCGGUAGUGGUGGGCGGGGACGGGGUGAAGGGUGCCUCUGUGCAUGAAUGAAUGACCGGUGCCGUGGUCCCGGACCGGAGGGCAGGGGAGAGCAAGCGGGCAGGCAGAAGGGACAGGGCAUGCUGUGGUGUACGGAGGGGAGGGCAGGAGGAGAGCGGUUGGAAGGAGAGCUAACCAGAAGUGGAGAGUAAAGAAGUGACGCGGAAUAAUGUGAAGCCGGGGCUUUGCGUGGUUACCGGUGUGUAAACUUGCUCCACAUUUGCAGCACUACCGGUCCUGAAGGCGUGUGGAGAAGGCGUGUGGGGUUUUUGGGUCGGGGCGUGCGGCCACAAGCAACGUGCGCACUAAAUCCGUGCCUUUGGUUCGAGAGCUGCUCGAUGGCCACCUGCAGGUGUGGAAGAUUCGGAGAAAUGCACGUGUUGUGUUGAUUAUGUGUUUUGCGGCACACUUGUCUUCCCGGCGGCCGCUUCCGGCAGCAGUUGUUGGUUGGGGCCGUGAGGAGCAUCUGUACGUUGUACGACGCAAUUGAGCAAGUGGCGGUGGGAAGGUUUCCGACGUUGAGUCCAGGAUAGGUUUUUGUUGAAGGCAUUAUGAGCAUUAGGGCAUUCAGACGUACGACACGAACGGGUGGACACCGGCUGCAGAACGGUGAUCCCCCUGACGUCUUCGGUACCGUAUGCGUGUAAAGCUCUCAUGUGCAGCGAUGGUGUUGGGGGUGAAACUGGGCGAUGGUAAACCCGGGGGAGUGGAGACACUGCGUCACCAGGGGUG